CUGUGCCGCUGCCCGGGGGCUCUCGUGACCGUGCCACUCCUGCUGGGGCUGCCCACGCCAAGGUCCUGCCUCUGUCGCCUCCUCUUCCGCCGCCCAGUUUCUCUGGCAAGAACAUCCCCCGAGAUGGCAGAUGAGAGCAGCAGCAGCACCGGGGAGUGUGUGUCCUUCAGUGUGCUGAACUGGGAUCAGGUUAGCCGGCUGCAUGAGGUCCUGACUGAAGUCGUCCCAAUCCACGGACGAGGCAACUUUCCGACCUUGGAGAUAACUCUGAAGGACAUUGUUCAGACUGUCCGCACCCGGCUGGAGGAGGCAGGCAUCAAAGUGCAGGACGUCCGACUGAAUGGCUCUGCAGCUGGCCACGUCUUGGUCAAAGACAACGGCUUGGGUUGCAAAGACCUGGACCUAAUCUUUCAUGUGGCUCUUCCAACAGAGGCAGAAUUUCAACUGGUUAGAGACGUUGUUCUGUGUUCCCUUCUGAACUUCCUGCCUGAGGGGGUAAGCAAGCUCAAAAUCAGUCCAGUUACUCUUAAGGAGGCUUAUGUCCAGAAGCUGGUGAAAGUCUGCACAGACACUGACCGCUGGAGCUUGAUCUCCCUCUCCAACAACAACGGGAGGAAUGUGGAGUUGAAAUUUGUUGACUCCAUCCGGCGCCAGUUUGAGUUUAGCGUGGACUCUUUUCAGAUCAUCCUUGAUUCUUUGCUUUUGUUCUAUGAUGACACCAAUAACUCCAUUUCUGAGCACUGCCACCCCACAGUGAUUGGAGAGAGCAUGUAUGGGGACUUUGAGGAAGCCUUUGAUCAUCUGCAGAACAGACUGAUCGCCACCAAGAACCCUGAAGAAAUUAGGGGUGGGGGACUUCUCAAAUACAGCAACCUCCUUGUGCGGGACUUCAGGCCCACAGACCAGGAAGAAAUCAAAACUCUAGAGCGUUAUAUGUGCUCCAGGUUUUUCAUCGACUUCCCGGACAUCCUCGAACAGCAAAGGAAGCUGGAGACCUACCUUCAAAACCACUUUGCUGAAGAAGAGAGAAGCAAGUAUGACUACCUCAUGAUCCUUCGCAGGGUGGUGAAUGAGAGCACCGUGUGCCUCAUGGGGCACGAACGAAGGCAGACCCUGAACCUCAUCUCCCUCUUGGCCUUGCGCGUGCUGGCAGAACAAAACAUCAUCCCCAAUGCCACCAACGUCACCUGUUACUACCAGCCAGCUCCUUAUGUCAGUGAUGGCAACUUCAACAACUACUAUGUUGCCCAUCCUCCAGUUACCUACAGCCAGCCUUAUCCUACCUGGCUGCCCUGUAACUAACCUUCAGACCUAAGGGUUUCCACAGUGGGAACCCCAACAGGGCUAGGGCUCUCAGGUAGUGGAGCCUCCUUCUAGAUUUAGGUGUUUGGGUUUUAAAGGGGAACUCAGCUCUGAUUCUGCUUUUUUUUUUUUUUUCUCUCUGUGUGCCCAUUGGAAUGGGUACACAGGAUCUCAUGAGCCAACCCUAAAGGGACCUAUAUGCCUGUACCACUUUGGAAAAUGCUAUUGGAAGAAUGGCUUAUCCACAUCUUUCCAAAAUAGACACUAACAUGUCACAUCCCAAACAUUAGCACAUAGGAAUUUGAUCUCUGUGCAGUAAUGAGAUUGGAGAAAAGCUUGGGUAAUAUAUGAGAAGUGUUAAGCUACUUGUCUUCCUUCUCACUUGAGCCUGGAAUCAGCUGUGUUAACCCUCGGGAUUCUUGGCAAUUACAUGGAAGUUGUACUGGUAGUCUGUUUUCUCAUAUCAAGUUUAAUCAGGCAGAAAAUGGUAAGCAUGAGGGUGCACUAGUGAUUUACUUUUUUGUUCAAGGUACUUACAUUUAUCCCAUCAGCAGAGCUGAGAGUUUCCUCCAUCAAUAAACCAAGGGCAGUAGCUGGAGAACUGAGAUCUGGUUAGAAGUGGUUUAUGAUUUAGAUGCUGUGCUGUCACAAGGAAUCGUGUGAAAUUGCUGAGAGAGAGAGAGGGAAAAAAAAAUGACCUAAGUUUCCUGAAGUGUAACUUGAAAACAAAAUAAAAUGUGGAAC